AUUGUGCUGAUUUGAGCGCGGAGAGUGGCCUGCGACUGAUAGAGGAUCGAGCAAACGACGGAUUGUGCCCCAUACUAAUCCGAUCCCUUAUAGAAAUCCAACAUUAAAUCCCAAACUUUUUCUGCCUCUCGUCUCUCUUUCGCCUGCUCUCCCUACACCACCCCCAUCGUCGAGGCGACCGCGGCGCACGUACUCCGCUUCAAGUAGCUUUUUAGCGUUUAAUUCUUUCGCCAAUUACGGCUUGAAGCUGUUAAAAUGAUAGUUUAAAUGGCCAUGUGUUGCACCGUGAGUGUUUAAGGUAUGGAUUUUAGCGCUAGGACGCGUCAAAAGGGGGUCUGCUGGGCGGCGAGGGAGGAGGGGGUGCGAGUGUUUUCUAACACAUCUGUAAACGGAGCCCACGUUCAUUAAUUAAAUGGCUUUAGUCCGGCUAGGCCUCAAUUUGCGCUGUUGAGCAGCAGGCGGCGGGCGGUGCAACACUAGAUGCCCGAUUGGCAGCCCACAAUCAGAGGGGAGGAGGCUGGUGAGACAGUGAGCAGUGAAAGUAAUGGGGUGGCAGCGUGGCUAUGCCCCCUGUGCCAAAAAAGGCAACCCAACAGAUCCUCCCUAUCUCUGCAUCUCACUGAGCAACACAGCGUACUUCCAUCUUGUGUCGACAAACUGCUGGACAUUGCUGUUAUAAAACAGGGUGCCAGUGGAAGAGGAGAAGAGGACAAAAGUGCUCUAAAGUCUACAGGUGCUGAAUCUUCACAACUGGAGCACGCUGAAGACGUCAGUUCAGAUCCCUGCCAAUCUAGUGAGAGUUCAGACGCUACCCAGACGCUUGGAGACAAAGAGAUGGAGGAAGAGAGAAUAAUGGAACAGGAGGGAGGUGAAGCUGAGCCAGAGCCAGAUGAGGAGGGAAAUCAACUCACAGGAGCCAAACAGCAAAAUGCAACUGAAAACACAGAAAGCCCAGACGCUAGUGAAAAGUCAGUUGGUAAAAAUGGUGUGCCAGCUGAAAAUAACACCCAGUCAUUCAAAUGCAAUGCCUGCUUGGAAACUUUUCCCGGCAGAACUGCCUUGAAAGUUCAUUACAACUCUGCAUCCCACAUUCAGAGGAUGACAACAGGCUCUGCAAAACAAGGUGGGGACAUUGAUCCCCCAUCUCCCUCAGUUCCUGUCCUGUCUCGGCCAUAUAUAUCAAACAAGCCCUACCAGUGUGCUAUAUGUAGAGUCUCUUACAAUCAUGCCAUCACCCUUGAGAGCCAUAUGAAAUCUGUCUUGCACCAGACCCGCAGCAGAAAUGCUGGAAUUGCCGCACAUGCUGCAAACAGCACAGCUGCCACUGCUAGUUUGGGAGGUACCACCACCAGUGCUCUAAACACUGUAGUGACCACAUCUGGAAGUGGAACCAGUCAGUUAGUUACCACCACCAACAGUGCUGCUCCUGGGACAUUGAUGGUUACUCCUACAAAGGACGGAGAGCAGAUCCAAACUUCACAAGUGGCUCCCUCCCUCCUCACCUCCCCUGUGGCCUCAGCUCAGGCGGUCUCAGCCUUUCUCACCCUCCUCACAUCCAGUCCCAACACCCUCUCACACUCCCUCCUCCCCUCCCUGUUCACGGCCGGUGCUGCUCCUGGUGCCGCCGUGCCUCAGCUUGUGCCUCAGCCUCAAAUGGUCAUGCCCUUGAUCUUGAAUGGGCUCCAAGCCCAAACCCAGCAGCACCAAGAGAACCAGCAGGGCCAGCUCCUAACCCAGUGUGUGCCAUUCGUAGGUCUCAGCACAGCUCAGCAAGCCCUCCUAACCCAAAGACUUAACAGCUUACAGAACCAGUGGCCCUCUGCAGGAGUUCCAACAAACAUACAGCCCUGCCUGGAGGAGCAAAAACAGACUAUGAAGUGUGAGAAAGAACAAGAAAGGCAGGAUAGUGAGACUGUUGAAGAGGAGGUCUCAGAUCAGAUCAAGGACAGGAAUAACUGGACUACAGAGAACAAUAAAACAGAAAAACUUAAGGAGGAGGACAGUAAAGAAUCUGCACAGUGUCCUAAUAUAGAAGGCAAAGUGAAGGUUGAGAAUAAUGAAGACAAUGCGAAGGCACAUAGAGAUAGCACAACAGAUGGAGACAGCUCGACUAAUCAGUUGGACCUGGAAGGUGAUAAAGCAGCUAGCCUCAAUCUCUCCCCAGCGGGCACAGAGAAGAGCCUCCGCAAUAAGAAUCUCUCGCCUUCUGCAUCUGUGCCCAGCAACUCAAGCCUCAGUCCUUUAAAUUUAAACCUUACACUUAGCCCUGAUUCAACUCCUCAAAAAUCACAAUCAGGCAAUAGCCCUUGUGGCUCAUUUGGCACCCCAAAAUCCAGCCCGAGUACAAAUGCCUUAACUAACAACCAAACUCGACCCCAUUGUAAUGCAAUGGGAUCAAUUUAUCCAGACCUUCCAGUGCUGUCAGAGUUCCAGUCAGAAGUGCUCUGGGCCUUCUUUGAGUCACGUAGUGAGGCUGAUGCUGCAAGUCCUCCCCAUGAGGACUGUGAGGCGCUGGGCAGAGAGGUAGGGCUUUCUGAGGAGGAGGUACGUAGGUGGUUGAGCCAAGCCCGACAUGCAAAACAGAGGCAGAGGGCAACAGAGGUAGAACACUUGCAAAGCUUGGCAGGAUUUACAAGACAUGCCCAAAAUUCUGACAUUGACUAUGAUGAUGAGGAAAGCUCACUGGUUAUAGCAGAAGGUGAGGAUGAUGUUGAAGCAUCAGGUAGUCAGGCGAUGGAUUUGUCUAGUACAAGAGGGAAACGCAGACAGAGGGAUUUGAGAAGGAAGGGUCAGGGAGAUUCCUGUCUCACUUCUGAUUCAGAAAAUGAGGUGUACACCUCUGUCAUUGUGUCUGACGAGGAAAGUCAGAAUGGGUCUUUGAGGGAGGGUCCUGAGAGCCCUGCUAAAGAUGAAGCUCAGUGGGAAGUCCACGGUGAUAAAGGGCCAGGUGGAGGAAAGGUCUUGCGCUCCACAACUGUGUUUCUCUCUGAUGCAGAGGACGAGUAUGAAGACGAGGAGGGCGGAGGGGGUCAGGGAGCCAAGAGGAAAAAACGAAAGGGGGAGUUUGAGCGCGAUGAGGUGGAAGUGAAAAAGGAGAGACAGGACCCAGAUGUGGAUCUAGAGUUGGAGGCCCAAGGGGAUCCUCCAAGUUCACAGACCCACACUGAGAUUCCAACCAGCGCUCUCCACACGCUUCCCCUGUCCCUUGCUCCUUUUUCUACUCAGUUCCUAAGCCCCUAUGUUCUCUCUCUUACUCCUUCAGUGAUUGAUGGAAGCAAAGUACCCGUCUUUUCUAACCCACCAACGAUCACACGCUUCUCCAGCUCUCUUCUCUCACAGUCUCUCUCCUCCCACAGCCAAACUUCCCACUACCUGCCCAACGGUGGUGACUGUGAGUCCGCUCUGGAUCUCAGCAUGGGAAAAAACAACUCAAAAUCUGCUUCAUCCUCAUCAUCUCUGGCUGAUAAAAUUGCAGCACAGAAGGGACAGUUGCUGGAUGGGCUUGGCUUGAGGCCCACAUCCAAAGGUUUGGUAGUCGUCCAGGUGAAGCCUGAACCUGUUACUUCCAUGCCCUCUACCAACAGCAGUUUUAAUUUGGUGAACUGUAACAACAUGACAAAGUCCAGUAUUUACAUGAGGGCUGCAGAGAAAAUGAACGCCACACUAUUGGAAAGGGAGCGAGAAAAGGAAAGAGAGAAGGUAAAGGAGAGGGAGCAGCAGGAGCAGCAGCAGAGGAAAUCCAAAGGAAAAAGGUAUCGGGAUAUGCGACGGUCAAGGACCAUCAUUCAAGCUGAACAACUUGACAUUCUGUAUGGCUGCUAUUUCAAAGACCCAAAUCCUGGGAAACAUGAGUUUGAACAGAUUUCAGAGUGGGUCCACCUUCCAAAGAAGGUUGUUCAGAUUUGGUUCCAGAACAUGAGGGCAAGGGAACGAAAGGGUGAAGUCAGAUUCAUCAGUGAUGGGACCCUGGCAGCGGUUGGCAAACCUCUCAUCAAAUUUACCUGGCCUCUUUCCAAGCCCAUUUUCUCCAACAAGCCUGCUCCAAAUAACACUGGGUGCAUUACAACUACUCCAAUUGUGCGCACCCUCAUAAAAACAGAGAGAGAGCCUGUAAAGGAGCUGGGCAAACCUGUCGCGGUGAAAAAAAUAGCCCCAGUUCCUAUCAAGCCCAAGGAGGUUCUUUCCUCUACCACAGUCUCUUCUGUGAGCAGCAGUGCUUCUGCAGUGCCAAAGACCAAGCUCGAAACCACCAGCAACGUCACUAUGGUCAAAGUUGCACCCAAAGUCAACACCCCUGUCCUUUUAGCACCACCCAAGGAUCCAAUCCCCAUUGCCCCGCGACCAGCCCAAAAACGAAAGCUAGAAGAGGAAAGCGAGGAAGAAAAGACUGAUGAGGAGAAAGACAAUGAAAAUGAGAUGGGUCCUGGACCAGGGACCACUAACCGCAUGGUUCCCAAGCUGCCCACAACUCCCAUCAACAACAGGCCCCCUGCCACAACCGUGGUGCCACAAAAACAGAACGGGCUCAACUACUGGACCCCCAAGAUCCCCAUUAAGAUUAACACUCUGUCAAGAGAACAAUUGGCUCUUCCAACGCACACACCUCCUCGUACCAUCCCCCCGCCCCCCACUCCCAGUAUCGCACCAGUUAGCCCGAAUACCCCCACUUCUGCCAAAGUGGCCAGCCCCACCACCCCGAUCAUAGCUAAAUCAAGUCCAACAGAAAGCAGCUUUCUGCCCCAUUCAUCCAGCCGUAGACCACGCACACACUUGUCCUGCCUACAGCUGUCCAUUCUGCAGUCCUGUUACGAGACCUGCGCUCACCCUAAUGCCAUGGAGUGCGAGGCGAUCGGCACGGAGCUCAGCCUGCCACUCAAGGUGGUGCAGAUCUGGUUCCAAAACACCAGAGCCAAGGAGAAGCGCUGGAGGCUGCAGCAAGAGAAAAUGUCUCCUCUUUCAGGUGGGAAGGUGGACAUGAGCUCAGCAAGCUACCUGCAGUACAACGCUUUCAAAGCCAAUCGUCCCAUCCUGCCCAAACCUGUUCAGCUGACAAUUACCGAACCUUCAGCUUCCCCAGUGGCCGGCCAGCCUGUGCCAAAGGAGACCCUGACAGGCCGCUGUGAUGCCUGCAACAUCUCCUUUGAAUCCCGGGCUGCAGCAAGGGCCCACGUCUUCUCCCCACGUCAUCUGGCAACCCUGAGAACCACUAACUUUGGCCAGCCGACGACACUCGUGAACAAGAAUGGAACCGGUAGCGUUGGACCUGGCAGCAUUGUGUCGGUCUCACAGGUCCCUCACUCUACUCCGGUAACCAGUUCGGUAGGGGAGAUGGUUAUUGAGUCGCCUCCACCGACGGCCACCAGCAACAGUUAAAAGACUCAGAUCAGGAUUGGUCUGCACACUGACUAUUCUCGGACCCAUUUGGGCUCCUCAGAUUUUAAUAAACAAAUUUGAGCACUAAUACUCAAAAGCUAAUAUUCUUUAGUUUUUGAAGUUGGCUCCCCCUACAUCCGCUAUCCCUUGCUCAACCCUCACAGACUCACUCCGUUAAUCUAUAGAGUUACCUGGAAUCCAAUACAACAGCAGACUGAUCCCAUGCUGCUUCACACUCACUCAGUUGCUGUCUGAUAAUUGAUGCACACAUCUCAAGUCUCCCUCAAUCCUCACACACUUUAUCCCAACAUUUUUGGUCCUAAGCCUGUGGUUAUAUAUUAUCUUACUUCAAUGACCUUCCUAUAAUUUGUAAAGGCUCUCUACUUGCCAUGCUUGAACUGUGCUACCCUAAAGACUGAUGCAAAAGCGUUUCCUCUUUGGAAGUGGCCAUUUGACAGUAGGCCCGGAAAUACUUUUUGGGAUAAUAACAUGAAAUACUCGCAUAAAUAACUCCAGUUUUCUCCUGUGGAAUUGUUUUUUUUUCUUCUCAUGCCUACUUUCACUUUUAGGGCAAAGAUUUCUUGGAUCUAAUAUGACUGGACUGAACCAUUGGGAGAGGAAGAACUGGUAUUAAUUGUCACCUUUUUAUUUGCUACAGGAGUGUGAUCUGAAGAGUGUUGUGUCCACUCAUUUGGGAUAAAAAAAAAGAGGUACUUUAAGAGAGAAUAGGGCUGUUGAAUUGUACCCAUUUACAUAUUCAUAGUUUUCACGACAAUCCAAAUAGACGGGGCAAAAAGAGAGGCGGAGGAAGGUAGAAUCUUGGCAUACCGCACUUUGACACAUUUUUACCUUGUUUGAAAUGUUUUUAAGCAUUCUAAUGCAAGUGUCUUCAUGGAAAGAUACAUUAAUGCAUGUCGGAUGCCUUAAUAUAAAUCACAUGAAAUAAAUUGAUUUUUUUGCUAGUCCAAUGAAACAUGCUUUAGGUGUGAGCAUUAUGUGCAAGAAGCAGACCUGGGUGUGUAACUGAAGAAGAGCUCUGUUCCAAAAUGCUUUUAUUUUCAUCUUUGGGGGAAAUAUUUGAAUGUCAUAUUCUGUAUCAAGAACAUCACAAAUCCUGCCUGUAAAGUUGUCAGCACUCUCUUGGCCAAGGACUAUAAUUACACAAUUACCAACUAUCUUGUUUUUAUAAAUCGAAUUUCUUUGAUCCUGUGGAUUUUCAUUUCCCUCCAAAUGGUGUAUGUGUCAUUUUGAAAUGCAGCUCUUCAAACCUGUUGGGGGAAAUAAAUGUUUUUACCUAC